AUGAACGGAUUUCAAGCACUUGUGACGUUUUUCUUCGUCCUCGUGACCGCGAACGGAGAUUUGCUCAAGAAGUACGCCAGCGAAUCUGGAAACGUAUACCAUGGUAGGUAUACGAGAGACGUCAACCAGCCAGAAUUGCUGAUACCGAGACGAGUGCUCGAAGAUGGUAGCUUCGCCACGUACCGUUUGCCGAAUUUCUACGAUCGACAGGAGAUCAACGAGCGCAGAAAGAGGUCGAGCGAGGCAGGGGAGAGGGAGCCCGAGGCCGAUAAAUUACACCUGGUGCUGGCUUUCAACGGGAUCGAUCACCACGUGGAGCUCAGUCCGUACCACGAAUUCAUCUCGCCCGACAUGGUGAUCGAGACGCGGGGCUCCGGUUUCAGGAGCAACCUGAACGAGGCGGUGCGAUUCAAGAGGGCCUCGGAUCGACAGUGCCAUUACCGAGGCUUCGUCAGGGACCACCAUGCGUCCAAGGCUGCCUUGUCUUUGUGCGACGGCGUGGUCGGCUACGUACAAACUAAUCACGGUCGGUACUUUAUCGAGCCUGUGAACGAAGCUGAUCCAGAGCCUGAUGGCCAACACGUACACAUCGCCUACAAACGAUCCGCUCCUCAUGAAAACGAUGCCAAACACGAUGACCCUCCGAAGAGGCAUUGCGGAACCAGUGAUAACUGGGAGGCUGCAUGGGCGGAACAGUUAGCGAAACGACAGAAGCGACUAAUGGAGGAUAAUUCCGUCGCAUCGAAACGAGAGUCGGCGCCAGUUACGUCUGGGACUCAUAGUAUACAUCGGUAUAUAGAAAUUGGUCUGGUCGCCGACAGGAGGUUUCUCGAUUUUCACAAUAACACCAACUACGAGCAGUAUCUUCUAACGAUCAUGAACAUGGUGUCAGAUUUUUAUCACGACAGCUCUAGCGGCAAUCAAAUAGACGUGGUCGUCGUUCGCAUGAUAUAUUUAGAGAAGGAGAAGGAAGAGAUAGAUUUGCUCAUUAGUCCCGCAGCGGAAGAAACGUUGGACAGUUUCGCCAAGUGGAGCUAUAAAAUGAACCCUCCGGAUUUCACUCACCCAAAUCACUUCGAUAUAGGUGUCCUGGUAACCAGGUACGAUAUUUGUUCGGAAGGUACAAAUUGCGACCUGAUGGGUUUGGCGUAUGUGGGGACCGCUUGUAAUCCCGAGAAAGCAGCCGCCAUAAACGAAGACAACGGUCUACUGCUUGGAAUCGUAAUUGCCCACGAAGUUGGUCACGUGAUGGGCUGUUCGCACGACGAGGAAUCCAUCAGCGGAUGUCCGCCUCAAGACAAGGAUUCGAGUUACUUCGUCAUGUCGCCCAUCGUCUUCAUUUUCACGAUUAGGUGGUCCAGAUGUAGCAGAAAAUUUAUAACCGCGCUUCUCGAGAGCGGACUGGGCGAAUGUUUGAACGAUGAUCCAAAAAAUCCGCCGGAAAAGUUCAAGUAUCCGAACAUGUUGCCUGGCGCGAUGUAUGGAGCGGACUUUCAAUGCGACAUGAUGUUCCCUGGCUCGGUGAUGUGUCAAAACUCUCCGUCGUGCGACGUCCUGUGGUGCAAAGCCAAUUCGACCUGCGUCUCUCGCGGGGUUCCUAUGGCCGACGGAACGAAAUGCGGUGAAAACAAGUGGUGCGUUCACAAGGAAUGCGUGGAUAUGGGCAGUCGACCGAAAGCGGUGCACGGUGGUUGGGGUUCGUGGGGUCCCAUGUCCUCUUGCAGCAGAACCUGCGGUGGUGGCGUCAAAUACGCCGAGAGGGAAUGCGACCACCCGGUGCCUUCCAACGGAGGCAGAUAUUGCAUCGGUGCCAGGAAGAAAAUUCUCACGUGCAACACUCAAGCAUGCGAUCCCACCAAGCCGUCGUUCAGAGCGGUACAGUGCGCGCUAUGGAAUACCCAACCGGUUUUGACGGACGGGCUCCAUCAGUGGUCGGUUUAUUCCUCUCCGGGGCUUGAUCCCUGCCAGUUGUACUGUAUCAACGAGAAACACACGUACACCAAGCUCUCGGCAAUAGUAAACGAUUCGACACCCUGUAAACCUGGGACGAAUAACAUGUGUGUCUCCGGCACAUGCAGGAUAGUUGGUUGCGAUUGGCUGCUGGAUUCUAGCGCUAUCGAAGACAAGUGUGGCAUUUGCAAGGGUGACGGGUCGAAGUGCAAGAAAAUAGAGGGGUUGUUUGAUACCAAGGACGUGAAAGAACGAUUCGUGAAGAUAGUGACGAUACCUAAAGGUGCUCGCAGCAUACACGUAUCAGAAAACAAGCCACACCAAAACUCCUUGGCGGUGAGGCUCGAAAAAGAGAAAAAAUACUGCCUAAACGGAGAAAGGAUGGAAGCGCAAAGCGGCGAUUACGAAUGUGCCAAAGCCCUUAUCAUUUAUAUGCAUCCCGAGCCAGAAAGAGAGCAAAUUGAAAUAAAAGGACCGAUAGCUGAGGACAUUCGAAUAGAAUACGUGUUCUAUCAAAAGUCGGAAAAUCCAGGCGUUCGCUAUGCAUACUACGUGAUGUCCACCGAUCCGUCGUAUACGCCGAAAUACAUAUGGGAUUUCAUGGAGUGGUCCGAAUGCAAUGCUAAAUGCGGCGGUGGUACAAUGAUUUCCGAGCCGUCGUGUGUCGAAGAGCACGGUGGGAAAGUCAGCGUGAGUUUCUGUCAAGGUAUACAGCCGCCGGAACCGAAAAGUCGUACGUGUAAUUCGGAACAAUGUCCUGCGAAAUGGCGAGUAAGUCAAUGGAGCAAAUGUAGUGCCUGUGAUGGUAAGACUGGACUGAGGCAUCGAAAAGUACAAUGCGUCAGACCUGCUGCUCGAGCUGGCGAAGACGACGUUCAAGCGAAUUUGGACGCGUGCAAAGGUCGCGUGCCGAAACAGAAAGAAGAAUGCGUUGGCAAGAGGCCGUGCAGGAAGAGUUGUCCAAAAAAGGCCCGGAACGCGAACGGAGAAGUCGAGGCCGUGAAAGAAAAGCAGGCAGUGGACCAGGCCAAGAUGAUCGACGCGUUCGUCGAUCCGAUGUUGGUGCAUGGGGUUCCUCGCGAGGCCGACAAGCUCCGAAGGACGAACGACGCCGACGCGGCGGACUUCCGGCAGCUUCUUCGCGACUGGUCGGUCGCUCGGGAGGAGAAGAAGAAACGCAGCACCUGUGCCUCUGAGAGGAACUUCACCACGCCGAAGCCAGGAUCGAUCAUCAAGGACUCGGUGCCGAUCGAGAAUGUCGUUUUGCUAGAGGCUCCAUACAUGGAGGAGAACCUUCAAUCGAAUUUGUCGGACAAGGCGUACCAGGAAGCAGGCGACCUCGUUGGCAUGAGCAUCGACACCUCUCGCGAAAAGGUUUACAGGGGCUCUCAGGCUAUUCAAAAGAUCGAAGAGCUGAGCUAUCCAAACGGGACACCUUCACCGCGAGUCGUCAACCAGAGUUCGGCUUACGAUCGGUUGGCUGGAAUCGUGGACGCUGUGGAGCAGUGAAGACGAAUCAUCACCGUCUCGAACCUUGGAAUGUCGAAUCAGACUCUAGUGGAAUUUAUCUAGAGAUUGUUGAACUCUAGAUGUAUAAUAUAAAAAAAUGAAAAAUUAUUUCUCAACGAAGCUAUAUCGAAUAUUUCGACCAGAGAGAUGAGACAUUAUUGUCUACUCCCGUUUGGCUCAUUCGUUAAUGAAAAAUAUUCGUGUAACGAACUGCUAUCUCGACAUCCGAUGACAGGGUUUCACUUUUGCCUAGAGUUUCGCGAUAUU